AGUGAAAGGCGUAAUGUUGAAGGCCUAGUGAGGUGACAACUUGCAUUCGAAUUCUCAGUAAUUGGACGCGGCAGCCCACAGGCGACUAAUUUACGCGUUCUUAUUUGUAUCUAUUCUCGUUAUGCAACGGCUUGUAUCUGCAUAUAGUGGAUCAACUGCUCGGAUAAUUCUCCGACAACCGGCUGCAGCAGCUGCAGGACUUUUCACGUUCACACCCAGAUUAUCCCAAGACAGCCACCACCAAUUAUCUACAGCCACAGCCACCACCACCACUACUUCUACUACAAUGGCCAACGAAGACUCUAUUCAGAAGCAGAUUUCCUGCGUCAAGCAAUUCCACACAGCAUUCAAGCUGGGCAUCAAGGAAGAGCCCACGGCCGACAUUGGCAUUGAAAAGGCCCGUCUGCGUCACGAGCUGAUGCGUGAAGAGAACCAAGAGUACCUGGACGCGUGCGAAAAGGGCGACGUCGUGGAGAUUGCAGAUGCCCUGGGCGACCAGCUCUAUGUCUUGUGCGGAACAAUGCUCGAGCACGGGAUGCAGAAUGUGAUUGAGGAUGUGUUUGCCGAGAUUCACAGAAGCAACAUGACCAAGCUGGGCGCUGACGGCAAGCCUAUUUACCGUGAGGGUGACGGCAAGGUGGCCAAGGGGCCUAAUUACACGCGGCCUGAUUUGAAGAACAUUGUGCUGGGUGCUAUGAAGAAGCAGGGAGAAGAAGUGGUCAAGAACUGAGAAAGCAAUCAUGACAUGACACCAAAAGAAGCCGCUGGCAUUAUGAAAGUUGUUUUUAGUAUUAUGGAUCCAUCUCUACC